AGAACUGCAGUUGAGUCGAAACUGUCAUCAGUUGCACUCUAUCGAAUCGAACGGAAAUCGAGAUGCGUCCAACACUCCAGGUCCUCGUCAGUGUCCUUUGUCUGGUCUAUGCCUACGCCUGGGAUCAUACCAACUGCAACGAUCACUUUAUCGAAUUCAUGGACUAUCCCGAUGAGAGAGCUAGCUCUUAUAGCGAUGAAUCUUCAGAAUGGGAUUUCUUUGAAUUUUGGAGGCAUGUGUUGGGCCUGUAGCAAUUCUGACAUCGCUGACCACGCCUCUGGUCAUAGCAAUCACUUGGCGAGACAUGUGACCUUCGGAUGUCAAGGCGUGAAUAAAGAACAUUAAAAUUUAA